UCCUCUUCCGGUAAUGCGGAGCUGUCGGUACCUGCACGGCUGAUAACAUGAGCUCGUUCCAGGGCCGGAUGAAGGAGUAUCCUUCCCUAUCCAUAGACCGGUUUGACAGGGAAAAUCUCUCCGCCAAGGCUUAUUUCCUGUCCCACUGCCACAAGGAUCACAUGAAAGGGCUUCGUGCUCCUCUUUUGAAGCGAAGAAUACAGUCGUGCCUUAAAGUUUUCCUGUACUGUUCUCCAGUAACAAAGGAAUUACUACUAACAAGUCCUAAGUAUGAAUUUUGGGAAAAGCGCAUUAGAGCAAUUGAAGUGGAUACUCCAACACAGAUUUCCUUGAUCGAUGAAGCUACUGGUGAAAAGGAAGAGGUUUUGAUCACACUCUUGCCAGCGGGUCAUUGUCCAGGUUCAGUAAUGUUUUUGUUUCAGGGACAAAAUGGCACUGUUCUCUAUACUGGGGACUUUAGACUAGCAAAAGGAGAAGUGUCCCGUAUGGAGCUUUUGCAUUCAGGAAGCAGAGUGAAAGACAUUGAAAGCGUUUAUUUAGAUACAACAUUCUGUGAUCCCAAAUUUUUCCAGAUUCCCAGUAGGGAAGAAUGUUUGCUGGGGAUUCUGGAGUUGGUCCGUAGUUGGAUAACACUAGGUCCUUACCAUGUUGUCUGGCUUAACUGCAAAGCAGCUUAUGGAUACGAAUAUCUAUUCACAAACCUGAGUGAGGAAUUUGGAGCAAAGGUUCAUGUGAAUAAGCUAGAUAUGUUCAGGAAUAUGCCUGAGAUCCUUUGCCAGGUGACAACUGAUAGGCGGACGCAGAUACAUGCUUGUCGUCAUCCAGUGAAUGAAGAAUUUAUGCGAGGUAACAGAAUGCCUUGUGGAAUGUAUUCAGGUGAUGGGGUCCCUUUACGUGUCAUCAGUAUUAAACCUUCAACCAUGUGGUUUGGUGAGAGGACCAGGAAAACCAAUGUCAUUGUAAGAACAGGAGACAGCUCAUAUCGAGCAUGCUUUUCUUUCCAUUCAUCAUUUAGUGAGAUUAAGGACAUUUUGAAUUACAUCAAACCUGUAAAUGUGUAUCCAAAUGUGAUUCCAGUUGGAAAAACGCAAGAAUAUGUUGAAGAAAUCUUGAGGCCAUUUUGUAGAUCCUAUUCGGAAAGCACAGAAGUAAAGUAUAGGCCGCUGGGAUGCCUGAAAAGAUCAAUAAACCAGAAUUUGGAGGAGACAGAAGACAACAGUGUUGAUGAAUUGUUUGAUGAUUAUCCAUUGAAUCAUUUAAAGCACAAGAAGAUUCUCCAGGGUGAUGAACGGAUAUCAGAAAAAAAUGUGUCUGUAAUUGGUGAAGGAGAUAGCAGGCCCUCAGCGGUCUCCACUCCUACUCCAAAGCCGCCAAUUGCUACACUUAAGGAUUUCUUGGAGUGUGAGGAAUCCAACGAAGAAGAUGAUGAGGAUGAUGAAGAAGAGGAGGAACAAGAUCACUAUGAAACAAAUAGACUACCUGAAGAAUGUUUGUUGCCAGCAACUACCACUACAACAGAGAACAUUUCGCCUCAUUGGAAAUUCUUCUUUAAUUCUCACCCUCUGGAAGGAGACAGUGAACACAAUCCUGAAACCUCUGAAGAAGAAAGAGAGAAAAGUUCUCAGUCUCCAAAACUCUUCAGUGACUCAGAUGAUUCAACUCAUAUAUCCUCUGUACAUUCCUCCCAGUCCACCCACAUUUCUGAGCAAGGUAGCCAAGGAUGGGACAGUCAGGCGGACACUGUGCUGCUGUCCUCUCAAGAACGGAAGGCUGCUGAACUGCAGUGUAUGAAUAGAGGGAUUUAUCUGCUCACAGCUGUUUCAGGGACUACAUUGACUGUAGAUACCAAUCCAGAAGGAGUACAAGAUGACAUUGAAAACAGAGAAAGCAAAGGAAUAAGUAAAGCCAAAGAAUGUAACCUGUGUGUACAGACAGGAGACCAGAAAAUGCCUCAUGGUGAUGGGAAAGUAGACUCUCAGAGUUCUUCUGACUUUGAAAUUCCAUCAACACCAGGAGCUGAGCAGCCUCAACCUGAAAAACUGCACUACCUGUACGAACGCCUGGCCACGGGGGACAGUAUCACAUCCAAACAACUGUGAGCUGUGGCUUCCAUGUCAGUCAUCCAUCCCUGAACUCAUAUAAUCAUGCAAUUAUUUAUAUCAUUUAACAUUCCGUACAUUGGGAUGUCAUUUUAUUUUUUCUUAUGCCUUCCUAUUUCAUGGCCGUGAAAAAGACAGACAUGUUUAGUUUAAUGGAAAACUGUCACCCUGAUUACCCACACUUAACCCAAUACACAGGGUUAUAGUGUGGGGGGAUCAGAAGUGCAAAGUAGUGUCACUUAACCAAAUGCCGUCCACUGGCCCGUGAUAUUGUCCGAAGAAACUCCCCGUGCUCAACUUGGUUAAUUGUGCGCAGGAGGCAGGGCGCCGAUGGCUGUCUGCCUCCUGCUUCUUUCUGCCUCCUUAAACAGUCUGCCUCUAUUAGCAUAUUCAAAUUCUGCACUGCACUCUGAGACAGGAGCGCAAAUGCAGUUAGUUUACAGAGAGCUCUCACGUCCUAGUGAAAGGAGUCAUGUGACGUGAGCGCUGCGCUCAGAGGCAACAGUAGCGCUCUGGCAAGAAGAGCUCUCGCGUCACUAGGACAUGAGAGUUCUCUGUAAACUAACCGCUUACGCUCCUGCCUGAGAGUGCAGUGCAGAAUUUGAAUAUGCUAAUAGAUGCAGAAAGAAGCAGGGGGCGAGCCCUGCCUCCUGUGCACAAUUAACCAUAGGACAUUCUUCAGGCAAUAUCACAGGAGGAACUGGAUGGAAUUUGGUAAGUGACACCUUUUUACACUCCUGGUCACCCACACUAUAACCCUGUGUAUUGGGUUUAGUGUGGGUGAUCAGGGUGACAGUUUUCCUUUAAGUGUAAUCCAUAUUUGUUUGUAAACAGUUAAUUUUAAGUCUUUAUAUUUUUUAUGAAAAAGGAGCUGGGCUCUAUAUGAAAAAAAUUAAUUUUCUAAAAUACAAAGCUAUGGUAUACUAUUGUCUGGUGUUUCUCUUAUCCCUUCCCGCCCCAGCACAUAUGCAUACGUCCCAGUUGCUGACAUGUUUGUGCAGCAAUGCACUGCAGGAGAUCGCCGGCGGGACAUGGCUGUCAAUCUCAGCCGUGUUCCUGUCGCAGCUGCCGAGACCGGCAACGCGCCAGUCUGUGUAGCAUUAACCCCUAUAGAUGCAGUGAUCAGUCCUGAUCAUGGAAUCUAUGGGAUUGACAGGGGGAGAGGGUUCCCCCUGUUCACCAGCGGUUAUCCCGUGAUACGUUCGCGGGGUCUUGUUGCUUGCCAUAGCAGCCGUAGGCCAGCUGAUGGCCUCCUGUCUGGCUAGUCCGGCAGCCUUUGAGGUCCAGCCAUAGAUGGCGUUGGACGAAAAAUAAAAUAGUUAUGGCUGUCGGAACAUGGAAAAAAAAAGGAUUUUGUUGUAAAAAGAACAUAAAAAGCUAUAUAAACUAGGUAUCACCAUGAUCGUACUGACCCACAGAAUAAAAUAAACAUUUUUACCAUGCAGUGAAUACCAUAAACAAAAAUAAAAUAAAAAAGCCAGAAAUUUUCCAAUUCAUAAUAUUCAAGUUUUUCACAAAAAUGCUGCAUGAAUCUACAAAGAUUUACCACUGAUAUAAAGUACAAUAUUCCAUGAAAAAAGAUUCUCAGAAUUGCUUCAGAAGCAUGUCAAAGUUAUUACCACUUAGAGACACAGGCCAGAUUUGAGAAAUUGCCACACCAGCACCGCUCAUCACAGGAACCUCACAAGUGCAAUCUUGCAUCUGAUCCACCCCAGAACUUGCACUGUAUGUUUGGACCUGAGGAAGGCACUCUGUGUGCCGAAACGCGUAGUCCAUUUUGUCAAAAUAUUUAUUGUCCUGUGCUGGCUCGAGUCUUCCCAUCUGUAACCACGUUUUGCGCAGCGCCUCUAUAGACCGUUUUUCUCACUUUUUCACGUGUUGCUCAAACUGGCCCUUGCGCAAGGGUCCAGUCCUGGUCUGAGUGCGGCAGCCAUUAUCUACCAUAACCAUACUCCCACCGGUCCACUACAAAUAUUGAUCCCGGGAAACCUGGGACUAAGGCUUGCCAUCCGAUCUGGUGAGUAUAUCACUUAGGUGUGGUGGAGGGUCACACUAAGUCGGUAUACGUAAAGGAAGUGAGCGCCUCCUGUCUUCUUUUUCCCCCUCUUUCCUACAACUUCAUACUGGGUAGGGUGAUCACCACAGAGAAUAACAUAAUAUUAUAGAGGGAUCUAUGGGAUGUAUUGAGAGGUAUAGAGGCUCAGGACAGGAACAUUGUUUUGUCGCUGUAUAAAUCACUAGUCAGACCACAUAUGGAGUAUUUUGUCCAAUUCUGGGCACCUGUAUAUAAAAAGGACAUGGUUGAACUGGAGAGGGUGCAGAGGAGGGCAACAAAGAUAAUUAAUUGUAUGGGAGGAUUACAGGACCAAAACAGGUUAUCAAGCUUGGGGUUAUUUAAUUUAGUGAAAAGACGUCUUAGGGGGAUUUGAUCACAAUGUACAAAUAUAUGAAUGGACAGUGCGGAGAUCUUUCUAGUGAUCUUUUUAUACCUAGGUUGGUAACCAUGACAAGGGGGCAUUCUCUACAUCUAGAGGAAAGAAGGUUUCACCAUCAUCACAGAUCAGGAUUCUUUACUGUAAGAGCAGUGAGACUAUGGAACUCUCUGCCAUAUGAUGUUGUGAUGUCUGACACAAUAAACAAGUUCAAGGUGGGCCUGGAUGUAUUUCUAGAGAGUAAUAACAUUACAGGUUAUGGAUACUGGAUUUAUGUGGAUAGAACGUUGAUCCAGGGAUUUAUUCUGAUUACCAUAUUGGGGUCGGGAAGGAAUUUUUUCCUCUGUCAUGGAG